AUGGACCCUCAAAGGAAAGCAGUACCCGGUCCAGUGGCUAAAACUAGUUUAAAGUCAUCGCAUAAAAACGCUGGUGUAACAAACACUUCUUGUAAGCCUGUCGUACCAAAUAAGGAAAUUAAAACAUCCCACACUAGCACGCCGACCGUAGAGCACCGCUCUUUCCCUAGUGAAGAAAACCAGAUAUACAGCGGGCAAGUCAAUGUGCUGUCUAUCAUCGACUUAGAUAAGGACAUAAGGUGCUGCAAGUAUUCAGAGGAUGUCAGAGAGAUAGCAGUGGGGUUCGCCGACGGCACGAUUCGGUUAUUUGACUGCAGUACGGGUGAAUGCACUCACACCCUGGUGGACGAUGAGUGCCGCUCCUACCCCGGCCCGGUCACGUCCAUUAAGCACAGGCCUCUCAGCGAUGCACAUCCCAAUUCUAACUCACUCGUAUCCACAUAUGUCAACGGGUGCAUAAAAUGUUGGAUGUAUAAAUACGACCAAUGCUUGUACACAAUUCGAGAAAAGCGGCAGACGCUGGGACUCACAUAUCAUCCUCGUUUUUGCAAGUUCGUGACCUAUGGAGACGACCGUAGAAUUAACAUGUAUGAUGAAGAAGCUCAGACACAAGAAAGAUCAUUUUAUGCAAGUGGAGCAAGAGGCGUAAUAGACGGCCACAAGUCAAGGAUAUUUGCGUGCGCGUUCCAUCCGAAGUCGAACCACGAGUUGAUAUCGGGCGGCUGGGACGACACCGUCAUGUGCUGGGACGACCGCGUGCCGUAUUCCACGCGGCACUUCGAGGGUGUCCACAUGUGCGGGGAGGGGCUGGACUUUGACAAACCGGGGAAACAGAUCCUCACCUGUUCUUGGCAAGAGAAGGACUCUAUUCAGUUGUGGGAUUAUGGUUCCUGCAAAGUUAUAGAGACUAUUGUCCCGGACACUUAUCAAUCGAAACUUUACUGCGGAAGGAUGGUUCCAAAAACGAGCCUCAUAGUUUGCGGUGGAUCUGAAAUUAAUAUGCUGCGUGUCGUUGAUAUCAAUCUUAAAAUAACCGAGUGUUGUAUACGUAAUAACCCAGGCGGUAUAUACGGUUUUGAUUUUGGAAGGGUACGAAGAAAAAUUACUGUUGACACUGGAGGAGGAUAUAAAAAGAUCAGUGAAAUCGGCAGCAUACCACGUGUCGCCUACGUUAGCGGGAAAAGAUUGCAGAUUGUUGACUUCGGCCAAUCAUGAUUAUA